AUGUCACAAAGCGGAAGAUCACUUCGCUCACGCAAACGGGACCAGCCUGUCCCCACGCCCACGCCCUCGUCCGGCAAAACUACGUCCGGCGAGACCCAUACGUGGAGCAAAGGCACCAGCGACAACCGGAAAACUAGUGGAGAGAGAGAUAAUGAGUCGGUACACUCAAACGAGCGUCAUGAUGAAACAGUGGUAGUUCGCAGUAGGUCGAAUACUUUAGUGCCGCCCGUUGUUGCGCCGCCGCCGCGAGCGCCGUCUGUUCGCGAAUCAGUUAGGUCUGUCCGCGAAUCGGCAAAUAGGGACCGCGAUAGUGAAUUAACCGUGCUUUUAGCCGAGCUCGAGGUUCGUAAAGCCGCUCUACUCGUAGCCAAGGCAGAGUCCGAUACCGCCAAAACGAAGCUGCAGAUUGCCCAAGCUAAGGCGCAGUCUGACGGCGGCAGUAUCGCGACCGAGGCCGAGGUACGAACUAGAAGUUGGGUAGAACAAGCGAGGCUACAGCGCGAAAUCGCGAGUGAAAACGUAAAAAUCCCGCCGCCGAAAGAGACCGCGCCGCGCGCCGCGACCGAUAGGGUUAGCAAGCCGCCACCGCGAUUUUUAGAGGUGCCGCAAGGUACCUACGCGCCAAUGUAUCACAAGCCUCCAGAGUUACCCACAUUCGGUGGCGAUAUAACCGAAUGGAUAUCGUUUAGGGCGGAGUUCGAGGACACGUCGCCCAUGUUUAGUGCCGUUAACAAUGUCAGUAGAAUUAGGCGCGCACUUAAAGGCGAGGCCCGGACGGCCGUAAAAUCGAUCAUGUACACAGUCCAGGAUCCAUACGAAAUUAUGGAAGCGCUAGAACGGCAAUUCGGCGACCCCGAAGAAAUUGUACUUACGGAACUGUAUAAUAUCAAACGCAUGCCGCGUUUGUCCGAAGACAAUGGUAAUAUCUCUUCCUUCGCCGCGCAUAUCGCGAACGCCGUCGCCACUAUAAAAUCGUUGCGUCAGGAAAAAUAUUUGCACGCGCCUGAACUAGUGAACAAAAUAGUGGACAAAUUAAAUUUGAUAGUGCGUUACGAAUGGGCCAAAUAUAGGCAGACUAAUUCGGAAACUCCCGGCCUAGCCGCUUUAUCUGAGUUUCUCAACGACAUUAGUACUGCAGCCAAACGCGUAAACCGCAGACCAGCUACUAGAUCGCGAGCUGUAGUGAACACGGUAUCUUUUGAGCACGAACCUAGGCGGUCGAGCAACGCUCCCUCUAGAUCUCGCGCCCCCGCGUUCUCCCGCGACUGUAGUACGGACUCGGAGUCAGAUUUCCACGAAAAUUACCCACGCGAAACGGAGAGUAGAUCGCGUAGUAACAAUACUGUCGCACAAGUCAAGUCACGCGAAGAUAAUAACAAUAAAAAAAAACCCGCGUCAACCGGAGCUAGACCCAAACAGCAGGUAUCGUCCGUCCCUGUCUCUCGCACUACGUGCGCCAUUUGUAAGAGCGGGAACGAGCACAAGGUUAGUGCGUGCUCGAAGUUUUUAGCCGCGACGAUAUCUGAGCGUUGGGACUUAGUGAAGGGUGCUAGAUUGUGCUAUAGAUGUUUAGACGUGAAUCACCGUAGGCCGUUUAAGUGUAAAUACGUCGCGUGCGGUGUAAACCAGUGCGAAGCCGGACACAGUAAGCUGUUACACGGACUGAACGCGGCCGCGCCCGCGAACGGUAACAGUACGCCGGCCGUAUCUGUAAACAAUAUUAGGCUCCCGCAAACGUAUCUCAAAGUCAUGCCCGUGGAGGUGUCGGGACCUUUAGGUACCGUACAAACCCUCGCGCUAUUAGACGAAGGCGCGGCAAUGACUUUAAUGCUGCACGAGACAGCCGAUAAAAUCGCGCCUCGCGUACGCGGAGAGACGUUAGAAAUUGAAGGAAUAGGCGGCGUAGUUAGAGACCCAGACUCGUACGCGCUACAGGUCGCGAUUAGGGGUUUUUGUAGCCGACAUUUGGAGUUAAUGGAGGUGCUCACGAUAGGCGAUAUAGGUAUAGGUUCGCAAGGCGUACCACGUGACUUAGUAGACAAGUGCGAACAUUUGUCGAAAAUCGCGGACGAGUUAAGUUACCCUACGGCCGUACCUACUAUCGUGAUAGGUCAAGAUAACUGGCACCUCAUCAUUUCUCGGCAAGUCAUAGACGGCCCGCCUAACCUUCCCGUCGCGAGUCUAACUAGAUUAGGAUGGGUUCUACACGGCCCAGACCGAACGCGUCGCGCCGCGGUAAAUUUUGUGGGGCAUGCACGGCCUAAAACCGCGGACGACGAAGCUUUAGAGCUCAUGAAACGGCAUUUCGACAUAGAAUCGUUAGGCGUUUCACAAAAGUUGCCUCGGGCCGAUCCCGACCAACGAGCGCUAGACUUAUUAAAAGCCACGUGCGAUAAGAUACCGGGGGAGAAUCGGUAUCGAGCGGGCUUAUUAUGGCGAACCGACGACGAAAAACUCCCCGAUAACCGAGCGCAAGCAUUAAAGCGGCUACUCAGUCUAGAACGUAAACUAGACCGCGACGAAAAGUUGAAAGCCGAAUAUGCGAAACAUAUGAAUAAUUUGCUCGAUAAAGGUUACGCGGAAAAGAUGGAUUCGCCCCCGCCCCCCGAGGCACCUCGGACGUGGUACCUAUUAGCGCAUUUCCCCACAUUUCACCCGCAACGUGGUAAAAUGAGGCUAGUUUGGGACGCGGCUGCCACAGCAUACGGUCGCUCGCUUAACAGCGCGCUGCUGGCAGGCCCCGACCUGUUAGAAUCACUUUUUGGCGUAUUAGUGCGCUUCCGCGAAGGCAAAAUCGCGGUAAUAGCCGACGUCAAAGAUAUGUUUUUGCAAAUCGAAAUCUUAGAGCGCGAUCGCGAUGCGUUACGUUUCGUUUGGAGGGGGGAAGACCGUACUUCUCCACCGCAAGAGUACAGAAUGAAGCGGCUAAUAUUUGGAUCGGCAGCGUCGCCGACAACCGCUUUAUAUGUCAAAAACGAAAACGCAAAAACGCAUAGUGCUGAAUUUCCGAUCGCAGCUGAAAAAACAAUUAAAAAUACGUACAUGGACGACAUGUUAAUCGCCCUCGACACGUCCGAGGAGGACGCCAGACGCGUAGUAAACGACAUUUACGAGCUAAACAUGCGCGCGUCAUUCGAACUCCGCGGGUUCGCGUCGAACCAUCCUGCGGUAAUUGCUGACGUAGUUAACAGCAAAGAGGAAACGUCUUUGUUAGGCGCGAACGAGAGCGAACGUACCUUAGGUUUGAAAUGGAAUCACAAGCGUGACACCUUAGGUUUCAACGUGAACUUUGGUAAUACGCCCGAAGACGUACUUAACGGUCAGAAAUUACCUACAAAGCGACAGGUAACGAGUAGCGCGAUGUCAAUAUUCGAUCCGAUCGGUUACGUAAGCCCCAUAUCCGUCUUAGGCAAGGCGUUAAUGCAAGAGAUAUGGAGGACCGGAAUCGGUUGGGACUCGCCUAUACCCGUCUCACUCGCACCCGCGUGGCGAUCGUUCAUCGAAAACGUACAGCAAUUACGGGACUUAGAAAUUCCGCGACACGUGCCCGCAUUUAAUAGGGAGGCAUAUAUGCAUGUUUUUUGCGACGCGAGCGAAAAAAUAUAUGCCGCGGCCGUGUAUCUGGUUAGCGUCAACCCCGAGGGGAUUAGAACUUCCGCGUUAGUAGCCGCUAAGGCCCGCGUUUCGCCUCUCCGGGUAGUGAGCAUUCCGAGGAUGGAAUUGCAGAGCUGCGUACUAGCCACUAGAUUAGCGGAAACCAUAGUCAAGGAGUCAGAUUACGUAAUAAAGGAAAAGUUUUUUUGGUCUGACUCUAAAACGGCGCUCACGUGGAUACGUGCGGACCCACGUAGGUAUAAAACGUUCGUGGCACAUAGGUUAGCAGAAAUCGAGAACACUACCACCCCCGCCAACUGGCGCUGGGUGCCUAGUGCAGCUAACGUGGCUGACGACGCGACCCGCGGAAUACCUGCGCAAUUUGGAGUGAACCACCGGUGGUUCAUAGGGCCCGAUUUUAUACGUAAACCCGAAGAGCAUUGGCCGACCGAGAAAACGCCCACGCCCGUCGCCGAUACGGGCGAAGAACGCGUUAGCAAACUCGUAUGCUCAGUAGGUGUCGCGAAAAAUAAGUUUGAGUACCUACCGGAGGUAGGUAGAUUUUCAAAGUUCGUACGACUAGUUCGCGCCACCGCUAGGGUUCUGGUUGCCGCCGAGGUUUUUAAAGCCUCAUUGCUAUCCCAGAAAACAGACACAGAAAUGAACAAAGGGCAUGUAAAUCUAGCAGAAAUAUUGCUAAUUCGCCGGAGUCAGCAUGCUGCCUUUCCAGAGGAGAUUAAGCUACUGGAAACUGGGCGGCCUCUACCGAAGAAGUCUCCGCUGCAUAAGAUAGCAAUACGACUGGAUAAGAACGGAGUCAUCGUGCUGAACGCCAGAAUUGACAAAGACGUGCACAUACCCGUUCUGUACGCAAAAGAAGAUUUUGUCAAACUGCUGAUAUAUCAUUUUCAUGCGCUCUUCGACCACGGUAACCACGCAACCGUAAUCAACGAAUUAAAGCAGAGAUAUUUUAUCAUCGGGCUGCGCGGUAAUAUUCGCUAUAUAGCGAACAAGUGCCAAUGGUGUCGGACCUAUAAAGGAACCACACUCAAGGUUCCUGUAGGCGACCUCCCGCCAGAGAGGCUCCAGGCGAAUCAACCGCCAUUUACCGCUGCAGCCGUAGACCUGUUUGGCCCUAUGCAAAUCACGAUAGGCCGUCGCCGCGAAAAGAGAUGGGGUGUAUUAUACACAUGCCUCACGACACGCGCUGUGCACUUAGAGCUUGCCGCCUCACUUUCGGCAUCCUCUAUGAUACUCUCCUUGCGCAGAAUGAUAGCGCGACGCGGCACGCCCACGGUUCUAUACUCUGACAACGCCACCAACUUUUACGGCGCAGAGCGAGAACUGGCAGAGGCCAAGAAGACGCUGCCCGACAACUUAAAGCCAUUUUUGAUCGAGCGAGCCAUAACCUGGAAAAAGAUACCGCCCGGCAACCCUUCCGCCGGCGGCGCAUGGGAACGGCUCGUAGGCAGCGUGAAAAGGUCACUAAAAGUAACACUCAAAGAGAGAGCACCUCAUGAAGAAGUUCUGCACACAUUGCUGCUGGAAGCCGAGCACAUAGUGAACUCUCGACCGUUGACGCCAGUAAAUCCAGACUUAGACAGUGAAGCCCUGACGCCAAACCAUUUUCUCAUCGGUCGAUCGAGCUCCAUGUCACCACUGGGCGUCUUCACAGAUGCAACUAUGACACUCUCGUCAUGGAAGACAGCGCAGACUUUAGCCGACCAUUUUUGGAGGCGCUGGCAGAAGGAAUACCGACCCAGCCUCCUCCCUCGGCCCGGUGCUCAUCAGAACGCGAAGAAACUACAUAUAGGCGACGUAGUCAUAGUCGCGGACAGCUCCAUGCCACGAGGAACAUGGCCUAGAGGCGUAAUCGCACAACUCUUUCCCGGCCCUGAUGGCCACGUAAGACUAGCCAUUGUUCGCACCCGCGCAGGUGACGUCCGUCGCCCAGUUUCCAGGCUUAUACCUAUACACUCCUCACAUACAGACGGUGUUGACACACGUGGGGGAGAUUGUCGUGUAUAG